AUGUCUCAAAAAUAUGCGCCGUACGGCCUUUGGGAGUCCCCCAUCACAGCUGAUGCUAUUGCGCAGGAUAGCGUCUCCUUGGCCAACAUCUUUGUAGAUCCAGUCACAAAGGAUAUCUACUACACUGAACAGCGUGCAUCGGAGGGUGGUCGAUGCGUGGUUAUGAGCAACCAGACUCAAAAGGAAGUCUUCAGCAAGGACUUCAAUUCGCGCACGCGCGUUCAUGAAUACGGUGGAGCUGCUGCGAUCGCUUAUGACGGGACUGUGUACUCUUCAAACUUCGCGGAUUUCCUUAUAUAUGCCGCAAAAGACGGGAAAAUAAAACCAAUUACACCAGAGGACCCGAAUAAGAUUUAUCGUUACGCAGACCUCUGUGUGCACCCAGUCCACACAGAUCUGCUCGUCGCUAUCUUAGAAGACCAUACCAACGACACGCCGCAAACCGUGCGCAAUUCUCUUUGCGUCAUCAAUUCCACAGCUGCAACUGUCACGUCCUUGGUUUCCACCGAGGAUGCUCAAAUUGAAUUCUAUGCGGCACCGACCUUUUCUCCUUCUGGCGAUAAGCUCGCAUGGCAGUUCUGGAAACACCCAGACAUGCCUUGGGAGGGUGGACAGAUCUGCGUGGCUGAUGUCCACUACAAUUCCAAUACCCAUACACUUAGCCUGAGCAACGCGAAGCUGGUAGCUGGCGAAGCUAACAAUAUCAGCGCGUGUUACCCCUUGUGGGCCUCUAACGACAAGCUUUUAUUCACCUCCGACGAAAGCAAGUUUGCAAACCUGUGGGAGUAUACCCAGGCAUGCACCAAACCAGUUCUCUCGUCCGUUGUGGAGCAAGACUUCUGCAGGCCAUCCUGGACACUAGGUAAUUACUCCUUCGCUUUCCUCGAUGAGAAGGGCACAAAAGCCAUCUGCGUUGCAUGGCGGAAUGGCCGAAGUGUGCUGUACGUUAUCGAUAUCGCCAAGGGCUCCUACACGGAGAUCAAGGACGAAUCGUUCGACUUUGUAGUUGUCGAACACGUCCAUCGUCUGUCGGACUAUACUUUUGUCUUCACGGGACUACGAAGCAACGCCCCUGGUGCAGCUAUGCUCUGCAGUCUUACCGGACCAACACUUGUGCCAAAUUUCCAGGUGCUCAGAUCUACUGCAUCGACGUCCGCUGCGCCGUUCCCUGAGGGCAUCAUUUCGCUCCCAAUCCCGCUUGAGCUUAAACUGGCAAGUGACAAGAUUGUGUAUGCCGUGUACUACGCUCCAAACAACCCAGCAUAUGCGGGUUCGAGCAUUUCCAAAGAGAAGCCUCCCUGCGUGCUUGGCGUACACGGUGGCCCCACAGGAUUAGAGACCCAGAAUUUGAACUGGAUGAAGCAGUAUUUCACAAGUAGAGGAUAUGCUUGGUUGGAUAUAAACUACAGCGGUUCUUCAUCCUAUGGACGCGCAUAUGUGGAGCGCCUCCAAGGGAAUUGGGGUAUUACCGACGUAAGCGACUGUGUCGAAGCAAUCCAAACACCUACACUUCGUUCCCUCAUCGACACCAAGCGCACUGCGAUCCGCGGGGGGAGCGCAGGUGGGUAUACUACCCUUGCCGCCAUUUCCCUUGACUCCUCCGCGGCGAGCAAGGCGAAAUUUUUCGCAAGUGCCACGAACAGCUACGGGAUCUCAGAAAUGGGGCUGUUUGCAGAGGAUACGCACAAGUUCGAGCUUAUGUAUGUCAUAAAGCUUCUCGGUGGUCCGAUAGCAGAGAUUCCGAAAGUGUGGCACGACCGAAGCCCAGUAUAUUUUUCUGCAAACAUCAAAACACCGUUGCUCGUUCUUCAAGGCAAUGAUGAUGCAGUUGUUCCGCCCGCCCAAUCCUGGACUAUUGUUGAUGGGAUCCUUAAAUCUAAGGGGCAUGUUGAGGCGCACUUCUUCGAUGGCGAACAGCAUGGGUGGCGCACAUCAGAGACAAUUAAGAAGGCAAUUGAAUUCGAGAGGGAAUGGUACGAGAAGACCAUGGUGAGGACUACUGUCAGAAACUAA